AUGGCAGACGAGAAACACGCUAACAAUAUCGAACCUGCGGCUCCCACCAAGAUUCCAUUCUGGCGAUUGAUAACCGAUCAAGGUGUCGUCACCCAAGAAAUCAUCGACUACCCAUACUCAGGUUCCGGAACCGAGGACGACCCCUAUGCCGUGACAUGGAUUCCAAAUGACCCUCGCAAUCCCAUGCUUUUUAGCGAGGUCAAAAAAUGGACAUAUACUAUGCUCGUCGCAAUUGCAACCCUGGCGGUGGCAUUGGUCUCUUCGGCAUACACUGGCGGUAUUGUGCAGAUUGAAGAACAAUUUGACAUUGGAGAUGAAGUUGCCACGCUUGGUGUCUCUCUUUUCGUCUUGGGUUUUGCUAUUGGACCAGUGCUUUGGGCCCCUAUGAGCGAGCUGUUUGGUCGCCAGAUUCUAUUCGUCACAACAUACGCCGCCCUCACAGCUUUCAAUGCUGGUAUUACCGGUUCGAAAAACGCAUACACCCUUAUCAUCCUUCGAUUCUUCGCUGGUGCCUUUGGAUCCUCCCCACUCACUAACGCCGGUGGUGUUAUUGCUGAUAUGUUUCCUGCAAAGCAGAGAGGUGUCGCUAUGAGUCUCUUUGCCGCUGCGCCUUUCCUUGGUCCUGUCCUGGGUCCUAUUAUUGGAGGUUUCCUAGGUAUGAAUGCGGGUUGGAAAUGGGUUAUGGGCUUCUUGGCUGCUUUCUCUGGAUUUGUCUGGAUUAUAGGCUCUUUGCUUAUCCCCGAGACCUAUGCGCCCGUGCUCCUUCGUCGCCGCGCAGCGAGACUUUCUAAACUGUCGGGUAAGGUCUAUGAGAGUAAGAUUGAUAUCGACCAGGGUAAAGUGUCUAUCGGGGAAGCUUUCAAGGUUGCUUUGUCUCGUCCGUGGAUUCUCUUAUUCCGGGAGCCUAUCGUCUUUCUGCUAUCUCUAUACAUGGCUAUCAUCUAUGGUACCUUGUAUAUGAUGUUUGCAGCAUUCCCUAUUGUCUAUGAGGUGGACCGUGGCUGGAACCAGGGUGUGAGCGGAUUAGCUUUCCUUGGAAUUAUGGUCGGUAUGAUGCUCGCAGUGAUCUACAGUCUUUGGGACAAUAAGCGGUAUAUCAGGACCGAGGAAAAGCACCAGGGUUUUGCGCCCCCUGAGGCCCGUCUACCACCAGUCAUGGUAGCUUCGACUGCGAUCCCCAUUGGUCUCUUCUGGUUUGCCUGGACCAACUAUCCCUCGAUUCACUGGUCUGUCAGUAUCAUCGCUGGUGCGCCGUUCGGCUUUGGAAUGGUGCUGGUGUUCCUCGGUGUCAUGAACUACCUAAUCGACGCAUACACCAUCUUCGCCGCCUCCGUCUUGGCAGCCAACUCCGUUCUGCGAUCUUGCUUCGGUGCCGCCUUCCCUCUAUUCACCACUUAUAUGUUCGACAACCUCGGCAUCCACUGGGCAUCCUCCAUCCCCGCGUUCCUCGCUCUCGCUUGUGUUCCCUUCCCAUUCUUGUUCUACAAGUAUGGCGCUUCGAUUCGCAAGCGCUGCAAGUUCGCCGCUCAGUCCGAUGCUUUCAUGCGCAAGAUCCAGGAGCAGGCUAAGGCUCUUGUUCAGGAAGACGAGAAGAUCACAUAUGACCGUACCGAGGCCCCUGCUCCGCACGAGGACAUGUCAAGCGAUUCCGACGUCGAAGAGCCUGUUGCGCAGCGCAGCCGCAGCCGUGCUCUCUCCACUGCUUCUUCAUUGCACCGUGUUCCAACUUACGAGGGCAACCCCUUCGACAUGGACCGCGUCAACACCAAAGAGUCCUUCAAAAACUAA